CGUCCUUAGCUCCUCGCUGCGGUUUGAAACUGUCAGGUGGCUGCUAAGGUAGCCGCUGCCCUCCCUCUUGCGUGAGCGGCGGGCGACGAGGAGACGCCGGGGGACGUGUCCCGGCUUGGAGAGCGCGUGUUUGUGCAGAAUGUCAUCAGAUGAGAAAGGCUCACUUCCAGUUGUGCCAAAUGACCCCGACCCAGGCAGUUCUGUUUCUUCAGAUCUUCAGGAGGAGUAUGAAGAACUGCUUCGCUAUGCUAUAGUGACUCCAAAUAUUGAAUCAAGUGUUUCACAGCCGUCUCAUUCUAAGGGAGAAGUGGUGCCAGAUGGUAGAAUUCCUCCUGUAAUUGAUGGUAUUCUCGAUAAUCAAGCAGGAAAUAGCUCUGUAGUAAGAGAAACGAGGAUGGAAGUUGGAAAAGGAUGUGACUUCAAUAUAUCAAAUCAUUCAAAAACAGAUGGAUUGUCACCAGUGUCAUCACCAAGGAAGCCUUCUCACCCGGUCAUGGAUUUUUUCAGUUCUAAUCUUUUAGGCGAUUCUUCCUCACCACGGUCUAUUUCUAGUCCUGCAGAUGUCCAUGAAAUAGUUGUGAGCGAUUUUCUUAUUUCAGAUGAAAAUCUCGAGAAGAUGGAAAAUGUACUUGAUCUUUGGAGUUCAGGUCUUAAGACAAACAUCCUAUCUGAACUAAGUAAAUGGAGACUUAAUUUCAUUGACUGGCACCGAAUGGAAAUGAAAAAAGAGAAAGAAAAACAUGCAGCACAUUUGAAACAACUGUGCAGCCAGAUCAACAGCUUGAGGGAGCUGCAGAAGGCUUAUGAAGUCUCCAUUGGGAGAAAAGACGAGGUGAUUUCUAGCUUGUCUCAUGCCUUAGGCAGGCAAAAGGAAAGGAUAGAAUUGAUGAGAACGUUCUUCCACUGGCGAAUUGGCCACGUCAAAUCUCGACAGGACGUUUAUGAAGGUAAACUAGCUGACCAGUACUUCCAGAGAACUCUCCUGAAGAAAGUCUGGAGAGGCUGGCACUCCACAGUGCAGAAGCAGUGGAAGGAUGUGGUGGAACGAGCUUGCCAGGCGAGAGCUGAAGAAGUUUGUGUCCAGAUUUCCAAUGAUUAUGAAACCAAAGUUGCCGUGUUAUCUGGUGCUUUGGAAAAUGCAAAAGCUGAGAUCCAAAGAAUGCAGCAAGAAAAAGAGCAGUUUGAAGAUUCCAUGAAGAAAGCUUUCAUGAGGGGUGUGUGUGCAUUAAAUCUGGAAGCCAUGACUAUAUUUCAAAACAGAAGUGAUCCAGGGAUGGACUUCGCAAAUAAUAGAAAGGAGGAGUAUGGCCCUGGUGUUCAAGAAACGGAAUCUUCUGCUCAUUUGGAUGCUUCGGCUCCCCGCGUGCCCUCAGCAGUUGCCCUGCCACAGCAGCCACCCCCAGCGGCCGGGGCAGCAGCCAGCGCGGCGGCCUUUCCCUCUGCCUCUUCCCUGACGUCUGCCCGGGCUGCCGCCUCCUCCAUUCACCUUCCUGUUUCUGCUCCUCUGGGCGCUGGAUCUGCAGCUCCUGCUGCACCGGAAGAAAUGCCCGUGCCCAGGGUGGUGACCUCCGCGCAGCAGAAAGCUGGAAGGACCAUUACAGCCCGCAUCACGGGGAGAUGUGGUUUCGCUGCAAAAAGUCGAGUUAGUAGCAACUUAGCCAUAAUGGGAGUUUCUCCUCCUGUGAGCUCAGUUGUUGUGGAAAAACAUCAUCCCGUCACAGUGCAAACCAUUCCUCAAGCCACUGCAGCAAAAUAUCCCCGGACGAUUCAUCCUGAAGGUGGCGCCUCGGCUUCCAGGCCUCUCGGAGCCAGAUCCGCCCACAGCCAGCCUCUCAGCAGCAUCCCCUCCAUCAAGGUCGUCGACUGAAACGAGUGUGCUCGCGGCGAGCUCUUCCAGUUCCUCCGCUCAUACCGAGGAUUACAGUCUUUCGUUUUUAAAUUCUCCGUAUUCUUAGAACAUCAUGUUCAUCUUUUCAAAAUUACAAAAGACUUUUCCAUCCUUUGUAACUAUAUGUAGGAUUAUUUUAAUGUUAUUUUUUUAUUUAAGCAAUUAAGUAAAAUUUUUUAAAUUAAAAAAGAGACUAGA